AUGGGAAACGCGGAGAGCCAGAGCGUGGAGCAUGCCUUCUACGGAGACAAGCACGCCAGCCUGGGCCGCAAGCACACUUCCCGCUCGCUUCGCCUCUCCAAUAAAGCCUCUCGCCGGACGCGGCACGCUUCUUCCGGAAAAAUUAUCCACCGUAACUCAGAAGUGAGCACCCGCUCCAGCAGUACCCCCAGCAUCCCCCAGUCCCUGGCGGAAAAUGGCCUGGAGCCCUUCGCCCAGGAGGCCAACCUAGAGGACUUUGGAAGCCCCAUCUGGGUGGACCGUGUAGACAUGGGCUUGCGGCCCGUUUCCUACCACACCGACUCCUCUGUCACCCCUAGCGUGGACAGCAGCACUGUCCUCACCGCCGCCUCCGUCCAGAGCAUGCCGGACUCGGAGGAGAGCAGGCUCUACGGGGAUGAGCCGCCGUUCCUGGCAGAGGGUGAUGGGAGGUCACAUCGAUACACAGCCAAUGGGACGAACUUCAUGGAGACGACCAGCUUCAAGAAGAAGCGCUCCAAAUCGGCCGACAUCUGGCGCGAGGACAGCUUGGAAUUUUCGCUCUCCGAUCUCAGCCAGGAGCAUUUAACGAGCAACGAGGAAAUCCUGGGCUUGGCUGAGGAGAAGGAUGCCGAGGCCACCCGGGGAACAGAGGCCAGCGUCCCCCAGCCAUUGGUCACCUGCCAGCGCGCCAACUCUAUGAGCGACUUGUAUUCCCCCAAAACCCCGAGUGCUACCGUCAACGGCGGCCCGCGGAACGCCUUUGGAGGGUACUGCAGGAAUUUAGUGUCUGACAUUCCAGACAUUGGGAGCCAUAAGAUGGCAUCAGUUACUGCUGAGGACGCGCCUUCCUACAGUAAUUACAAUACACUGCCCUGCAGGAAAUCCCACUGCCUUUCCGAAGGGGCCACCAACCCACAAAUUAGCCAUAGUAACAGCAUGCAAGGCAGAAGGGCGAAAACUACUCAGGAUGUCAAUGCAGGCGAAGGGAGCGAGUUCACCGACAGUGGGAUCGAGGGAGCAGCCACCGACACCGAUCUCCUUUCUAGACGCUCCCAGGCCCCCCCGCCGGCCAGUCGGGCUUUCAUCGGCAGCGACAGCGGGAGCAGCUCGACAGGCGAUGGACUUCGUCAGGGGGUGUACGAGAACUUCCGCCGGGAGCUGGAGAUGAGCACCACCAACAGCGAGAACCUGGAGGAGGCCGGCUCUGCCCUCAGCGAUGAGCAGAGCAGUGGCACCCUCAGCUCCCCGGGGCAGUCCGACAUCCUUCUGACGGCUGCUCAGGGCACGGUACGGAAAGCUGGCGCUCUGGCAGUGAAAAACUUCCUGGUGCACAAAAAGAACAAGAAAGUGGAGUCGGCCACACGCAGGAAAUGGAAGCACUACUGGGUUUCCCUGAAAGGAUGCACGUUGUUUUUUUAUGAGACUGAUGGCAGAUCUGGCAUUGACCACAACAGCAUCCCAAAGCAUGCUGUCUGGGUGGAAAACAGCAUAGUGCAAGCGGUGCCUGAGCAUCCCAAGAAGGAUUUUGUCUUCUGUCUCAGCAACUCCCUUGGGGACGCUUUCCUCUUUCAGACCUCUAGCCAGACCGAACUGGAGAACUGGAUCACUGCAAUCCAUUCAGCUUGCGCAACCGCGGUGGCAAGGCAGCAUCACAAGGAGGACACCGUCAAGCUCCUGAAAACAGAGAUAAAAAAGCUGGAGCAGAAGAUUGAUAUGGAUGAGAAGAUGAAGAAAAUGGGUGAAAUGCAGCUGUCCUCAGUAACGGACUCCAAGAAGAAAAAGACCAUACUGGAUCAAAUCUUCGUUUGGGAACAAAAUCUUGAACAGUUCCAAAUGGACCUAUUUCGAUACCGCUGUUACUUGGCUAGUCUCCAAGGAGGGGAGCUCCCAAACCCUAAGAGACUGCUUGCUUUUGCCAGCCGUCCAACGAAAGUUGUGAUGGGCCGUCUUGGAAUCUUUUCAGUCUCGUCGUUUCACGCUCUGGUGGCGGCUCGCACAGGGGAGUCUGGAGUGAGAAGAAGGACGCAGGCCAUGUCCAGAUCUGCCAGUAAACGGAGAAGCAGGUUUUCUUCUCUUUGGGGGCUGGAUACUACCUCGAAGAAAAAGCAAGGGAGGCCAAGUAUUAAUCAGGUGUUUGGUGAAGGAGUUGAUUCAGUAAAGAAAUCUCUCGAAGGAAUCUUUGACGAUACGGUCCCAGAUGGCAAGAGGGAGAAAGAAGUGGCACUGAGCAGUGUCCAUCAGCACAAUCCCGACUGUGAUAUUUGGGUUCAUGAGUAUUUUACGCCGUCUUGGUUCUGCCUGCCAAACAACCAGCCUGCUCUGACAGUCAUACGUCCCGGGGACACCACACGAGAUGUGCUGGAAAUGAUUUGCAAG